CAAACUCUGUGAUGACUCCAAUGACAGUAAAACUAUGUUUUCUCAACCUUAAAAGCUAUAUACAUGAACGUAGACCAAUCUUUCAUUGUCAUAGUCCUCUAAUCAGUAAUUACAAAUCAACCAUGGGACAAGAAAAUGGUGAACAAUUCCACGUAGUUUUCGUUCCAUACUUGACACCAAGUCAUAUGAUCCCCUUAGUUGAUACAGCUAGACUUUUUGCUAGUCAUGGUGUAAAAGUUAGUAUUAUCACUACCCCCUACAAUGCCCUCCUUUUCGAGUCAUCCAUCGAUCAUGCCACUGAUUUAGGCCACAAAAUAUUCGUCCACAAACUCAAAUUUCCAUCAGCUGAAGUAGGCAUACCUGAAGGGAUCGAAAAUUUCAGUGCGGCCACUAGCGCAGAAAUGGCUGCAGGUGUAUUCAUGGGAAUCUUUCUACUUCAAAAACCUAUGGAAAGUCUUAUUUUCGAGCUCCGACCUCAUUGCAUUGUUUCAGACAUUUUUUUCCCAUGGACUGUGGAUGUAGCUGAGCAAUUGAAGAUACCUAGACUUAUGUUUUAUGCAAACAAUGUUAUGUUCCAGUGUGUUGAACAUUGUUUGAAGAUGUAUACACCUCACGAGAAGGUAAGUUCGGAUUCAGAAAGUUUCUUGAUUCAGGGAUUACCAGAUAAGAUUGAAAUGAAAAGAUCACAACUACCAGAUGAUUUGAAAACCAACCCCGAAGGACCGUACUGGGAGUUAUUGAAGCAAAUUAAAGAAUCAGAACCACGGAGCUAUGCUAUGAUUCACGACACUAUCUAUGAUCUAGAGCCGAGUUAUGUUGAUCUUUACGAGAAAAUCAAAGGUAAAAAAUCAUGGCUCAUAGGUCCUUUGUUUCAUUUUUCAAAGAGGGAAGAGGCAAACAACUCAAGAAAUACUCCGGUUCAAGAACGACACAGCUGCUUAAGUUGGCUUGAUUCUCAAGAAGCAAACUCUGUUGUGUAUAUUUGUUUUGGAAGUAUGGGGAGGUUUUCUGAUGUUCAGCUUACUGAAAUUGCCUUGGCUCUUGAGGCCUCGAAUUCAUCGUUUCUUUGGGUGGUAAGAAAGAGUGACAAUGAGCAAGAAAGCUGGAUGCCUCCCGGCUUUGAGAAAAAAAUGCUUGCAGACAACAAAGGCCUAAUAGUCAGAGGAUGGGUGCCACAGCUGAGGAUCUUGAACCAUCCAUCAACCGGAGCUUUCAUGACUCACUGUGGCUGGAACUCGACUCUGGAGUCUCUAACAGCCGGAGUGCCAAUGCUGACGUGGCCAUUGUUCGCGGAGCAGUUCUACAAUGAGAAACUGGUGGAGGUUCUUGGAUGUGGUGUAGCUGUUGGGGCAGAGGUGUGGCAUAGUACAUUUGACAUCACGGAUACAAUUGUCAAGAAGGAGAAGAUAGAGGCAAGUGUGAAAAUGCUGAUGAGCAACUCCAUGGAAAGCGAAAAGAUCAGAAGUAGAGCAAAAGACAUCGAAGCAAUGGUUAAGAGGGCUGUCGAAACAGCUGGCUCAUCUUAUAAUCAUCUAACUGAGUUAAUACAGGAGAUCAAGUGUCAUGCUUUUGGCAUAUCAGAAGUGAAAUCGGAAAUCUAACGAAUACUUUAUCAUGUGUUUUAAGUCCUUUAUUGGAACAAGUCGUAGUUUUAGUGUUUGAAAAUGAAAUUUACCAACAAGUUUUAAGAGAUUUUCGA